CUGGUUUCUAAUAAUGACCCUGACUUGUUUUCUAACAGUUUUCACAGUGUUUUCUUACGGUUGUUUCAGGCAUAAACCCUAAUUCCCCAUAAGAUUCCUUUACAAAACUGCCAAACACCAGUAAAAAGAGAAGGAAUAAAAAAAAAAAAAAAAGCUUUGAAAGGUAUUGUUUUGCCAAAGAUCCCUCUCCUUGUCUCUAUUUGCAGGUUCCCCCUCUCAUUUUCUUCAUAAAUCCCUUUCUCCAAUUUAUUACAGUGAGGCUCUUAUAUCCACAAUUUUCAUCUCCAAAAUAUAAUUUUUAUCACAGUGAAGCUCUUACAUCCACAAUUUCGAGCUCCAGAUCCUUCGAUCCCUCCCAAAUUAGCCAAUUUACAGGUUUUCUCUGAGCUCUAAGGAGACAUUCUUCGAGGUUUUGUCGAAAAUGGCGACUGGUACAGUUUCAGCUUCAUUCUCUUGUUUGAAGAGGUCGGAUUGUGGUUUGAGCUUCUAUAAUGGAGUUGGGUCUGCAAAAAUUGGCGUUACUCGUAACUUGCAGAGGAUUAGGUCGAGGAAAAAUAGGGUUUUGGUGGUGAGGAACUCUGGGUCUGAGACUGUGGAGUUACAACCUGCUUCAGAUGGGAGUCCUCUGCUUGUUCCUAGGCAAAAGUAUUGUGAAUCUAUACACAAAACGGUAAGAAGAAAAACCCGUACCGUGAUGGCUGGAAAUGUGGCUCUUGGUAGUCAACACCCCAUAAGAAUUCAGACCAUGACAACGACUGAUACCAAGGAUGUCACCGCAACAGUGGAACAGGUCAUGAGGAUAGCCGAUAAGGGUGCUGAUAUUGUUCGAAUAACAGUGCAAGGGAAGAAAGAAGCGGAUGCUUGUUUUGAGAUAAAGAAUACCCUUGUUCAAAAGAAUUACAAUAUUCCACUUGUGGCAGACAUUCACUUUUCCCCACCUGUUGCGAUGAGAGUUGCUGAGUGCUUCGACAAGAUCCGGGUCAACCCUGGGAACUUUGCUGAUAGGCGGGCUCAGUUUGUAGAGCUUGAAUACACUGACGAAGGCUAUCAGAAGGAACUUGAACACAUUGAAGCGGUCUUCAGUCCAUUAGUUGAGAAGUGUAAAAAGUAUGGAAGGGCCAUGCGAAUAGGAACAAACCAUGGAAGCCUUUCUGAUCGUAUCAUGAGUUACUAUGGUGAUUCCCCUAGAGGAAUGGUAGAAUCAGCAUUUGAAUUUGCAAGGAUCUGCCGAAAAUUGGAUUUCCAUAAUUUUGUGUUCUCAAUGAAGGCGAGCAAUCCAGUAAUCAUGGUCGAAGCAUAUCGUUUACUGGUUGCGGAAAUGUAUGUUCAAGGAUGGGAUUAUCCUCUGCACUUGGGAGUUACUGAAGCUGGUGAAGGUGAAGAUGGAAGGAUGAAAUCAGCUAUCGGCAUAGGAACCCUUUUACAGGAUGGUUUGGGAGAUACAAUUCGAGUUUCACUGACAGAACCACCGGAGGAAGAGAUAGAUCCUUGUAGAAGGCUAGCAAACCUUGGGAUGAAAGCAGCAGAACUUCAGAAAGGAGUGGCCCCAUUCAAGGAAAAGCACCGUCAUUAUUUUGACUUUCAGCGUAGGACUGGGCAACUACCAGUGCAAAAGGAGGGUGAAGAGGUUGACUACAGAGGUGUCCUUCACCGUGAUGGCUCUGUUCUUAUGUCAGUGUCCCUUGAACAGUUGAAGACACCUGAGCUUCUUUACAAAUCACUUGCAGCAAAGCUUGUAGUUGGUAUGCCUUUCAAGGAUCUGGCUACCGUGGAUACUAUCCUUGUGAGAGAACUUCCUCCAACUGAUGAUAGUGAUGUGAGGCUUGCACUCAAAAGGCUGAUAGACAUAACUAUGGGGGUCCUUACACCCUUGUCGGAGCAGCUAACAAAACCCCUGCCUAAUGCCAUGGUCCUCGUAAACUUGAAGGAAUUAUCAAGCGGUGCUCACAAGCUUUUGCCAGAAGGCACCCGCUUGGCUGUAUCUGUUCGAGGCGAUGAGCCCUAUGAAGAGUUGGAGAUUCUUAAGAAUUUGGACAUUACAAUGUUGCUGAACAAUUUACCUCCAACAGAGGACAAAAUCAGCCGUGUACAUGCAGCAAGGAGAUUGUUCGGGUAUCUAGCAGACAAUGCUCUGAACUUCCCCGUAAUUCACCAUCUACAGUUCCCCAGUGGAGCUCACAGAGAUGAUGUAGUCAUAGGUGCUGGUACUGAUGCCGGUGCCCUUCUAGUGGAUGGCCUUGGUGAUGGGUUAUUAUUGGAAGCCCCUGACCAAGACUUUGAUUUUCUGAGGAACACGUCUUUCAAUUUACUUCAAGGGUGCAGAAUGCGCAAUACAAAAACUGAAUAUGUCUCAUGCCCCUCUUGUGGACGCACACUUUUUGACCUUCAAGAGAUUAGUGCUGAGAUACGAGAGAAGACAUCACACUUACCUGGUGUUUCGAUUGCAAUAAUGGGUUGCAUCGUGAAUGGGCCUGGUGAGAUGGCAGAUGCAGAUUUUGGUUAUGUUGGUGGUGCCCCUGGCAAAAUUGACCUAUACGUUGGGAAGACUGUAGUGAAGCGUGGAAUUGAGAUGGCACACGCAACUGAUGCUUUGAUUCAACUGAUCAAGGAUCACGGGCGCUGGGUUGAUCCUCCAUCCGAAGAGUAACUUCUUUCAAAAUUUGUCUAUUACAAGAAAAGGGAGAUUUUCCCUGGAGGAUACACGUGGAAAUAUUUGUUGCAACAGUAAUUACUUGCUGCACUGCCAUGGAGGUUACAGGAAAGGUCUCUGUAAAUUUUGCAAACCCCUGGAGUUGUCUCUUCCUGCAGUUACCUGGAUAGGCUGAAAGGUGGGGGCCAGUCUAAUUGAGCAGCAUCAGAUUAGAUCCACAUAAGUAUGUAAUCAUAUUUCUUUAACUGGUAAUAUAAUUGAUGAUGGUUUUUGAAAU